AUGCCGGCGAAGAAGGGCAAAGCAAAGGACGUUGUGGAGGACAAUGCCCCGCCUGGAAUUUUGAAGGCGCAUGUGGAGUACUGCGGCUCCAUCAACAAACCUGCGCGGCAGCGUAUGGGGCACCUCGCGUACGUGCACCCCAGAAGCGGCCUACUGUACGUUGUGGGUGGGUACGACGUGCAAGCGCUGCCGCAGGCAAUAAAAGCCUCGCCGCUCGAGGAGACAGCGGAAUCAAUGCCCUUUGCGGAGUGGUGGGACGCUGGCACCUGCAUGUGGGGUGGCUGCAGUGCGACAUCGUGUCAGCCAAUCCCGCAAUUAUGCAUGACGAAGAUGCCACCAAUAUGCGUAAAUGAGAUGCAGAGCGAUGUCGAUAAGGGGGGGGAAGAGGAAGAGCUGAAGAGCUUUGGGACAGUGAGUGCGGCACCCCACGAGCCUGUUGCCCCGCAAUCUUGUGUGCAACUGCCGGACGGUUUCUCGUGGCCUACACUGGCGGCAACUGUAGUGUACUGGGGGCCGGUGGGGAGAGAGGAUCGUGUAGUGUCGUCAACAGAUGGCCUAAGUGGUGGUACAUUAUUGCCAAGCGAGGCUGCGAAGGCAGUUGGUGAAACUGUGAACGAUGCUGACGGCAAUAAUGUAAAAGAGGAAAGUGCUGCUUCCGCGUUACGCGAGCACCCUGUGAUUCUAUUUGUUGGGGGGUGGAAGGGAAGCUGCCGCACUUUCCACACGGUGGGCGUUGAUAUGGAUAGGGGGACUCUCUGGCAUAUUCGUGGGGGGAUGUUUGCUUCUUCCCUGCCCUCGACUUGUUUGACCGGUAGCGCUGUACAUGACUGUGUGUAUGUCUUCGGCGGCAACACGGGCGGUGUCACGGGUGCUCCGCCCAUCAUGCGAACACUUGAUCUCUCAAGCCGCAAGUGGGGCGAGCGGACAGGGGAGCAUGCGUCCCACAGUCCUCCGCUGCCCCGCUCCUCCCACGUUGCUGGAGUGCUGCUGGACCGCUACAUUGUGAUUCAUGGUGGACGGCGACUGGCUUCGACCCCAGCCGGACCCCCAGCGAAGGGCAGGAAGUCCAUCCAAAAAAUGUCGUGUCCAAUCCAGAAAUUGGGUCUGGAAUUUUGCAGUGAUGUCGCCGUCUACGAUCUGGAGAAGAAACGAUGGGUGGCAACCGCCAUCCAUGUGGGGUCUCUGGGCCCACCGCCGAGGUACGGGCAUGCGGCCUGCGUGUUGAGUUCAACGGAGCUUCUGUUUCACGGCGGUAUUGGAGUGGAUGGGAACGUCUUAUCUGACGCUUGGAUCUUGCUUUUACUUGAAAAGAAUGAGGCCAAUGUAUCUAUUACGUGGGUGAAGUUGACGCCCUCUGAGGCGAAUGGGAUGUCGUUUCCAGGUCGCUAUCAUCAUGCCUUGGCUGCCGCCGGAAGGCGUGUUUUUAUCACUGGUGGGGUAUGCCAAGAGGAAAGUGUGGGGGAUGUAUGCAUUAUGGACAUUGAGCCGCUUGGCAAUGUGGUCCCCACCCGGACGGAGGGGCGUAGGCGCACUGUGGCGUCAACCAACGUCCGCCAAACAUCUGCGUAG